AUGACCGCUCCAAGAAUCCGUCGAGACAUGAGCUAUAGGAAACCGGUACCAAAGUACGAACCAACACCCCCGCCGUCGCCGAUACCAUCCCUCCACGGCCUCUCCACAGCUUCUCUCGCAACAGGCCUACCUUCCCUACCACGGGACAGUGAUGAGAACGAAAAAUACCCAGGCGGUGGUCCUCUAUUAUUGGUCCCAACGAUGAUAACAAGUCAGGAGUGGUCGAGCUCGGAGUCGUCUGGUCCAGUGGGUCGUAGGCAGGCAUUUAAAUGUGUUGUAUUAGGAGACAGUCCUAUCGAAGGGGGAAAGAUGGCCGGAGAGUCGAACAACAACACCAAGCUCGAACGCAGACUCUACUGGGAGAGCAAUACGUGCUUCGACCAAGCCCAAACGAUUGAUAGCGCAGAUGAUGAGUGCUUGGGCACGCCACAAUAUACGACAAGGACGAACCUUUAUGAUAUCAACCACGACCACCCACGAAUGAAAUUACACGCGACGCCGUCCUUCACAACCGAGAGAACGUUUAUCUCCGUAAACCCUGUCAGCAGUUUAUCCUCCGGCAGGACCACGGCUACAGGCGACUACUACACAGUGGAGGCGGAGAAGAAAUCGAGUUUGACCAUGAUUCCCAUCCAGUCGGAGCAUGCACGACAGGACAUGUUCCAGGUGGACGCCCGGAAACUGAAGAACCGGCAGGGACCAUCCAUGUCGGAGCAAGUUGGGGAGUCGAGGAGGCAGGCGACAAUCCCAAUGCCCAAAAACGCCUUCGACACCAAGGAGGAUGCACAGGUCGCCACCAUCCCCCAACACCACUCCCAGGCGCCGGCAAACCAGCUGAAACGCUCAGGAAACAGAAAAAGGGAUCACCCACACACUUUGAGCGAGUUCCAGCAGCAAGAGGGCAAGGAGAAUCGGAAACGAAGGCUCCACGAUCUCUGGCAAACUCUCGCGCGGCCGCCCUCUCCGAAUCCCUCAACGCAGACACCCUCCCUCCACGAUGCUCACAAUCAUCCAAUAACACCAGAAAACGCCCGCUCUGCCAAGGCCGUCUAUGACGACGAACUCGUGGGGAGGUGCAAAGGGGACCCGUCGAGCUCGAGGCCAACGCCGAUAAGUUGGGAAGAAUUCCAGUCUUACGCUGAUGCAAAGGAAGCAGAGCUCUGGCAUAUCUUCCAUGACGACCUCGACCUGGACGGCGACGGACACCUGGACAGAGACGAGCUCAAAACCGCGUUGAAGAACUCUGGGAUUGAACUGGACUCGGAGACACUUUCCGACUUCAUGGAAGCGCUAACGUCAGACUCCAACUCAUCUCAAGUUACCUUCGGCAACUUCAGGGACUUUUUGAUACUUCUACCGCGGAAGGCAUCGACUACAGAGAUCUAUCGAUACUAUAAGGUGCGAAGGUACCUCGGGGAUGAUGGUCGUGGCCCAGCACGUGUAAACAUGGAAGGUGAUGUCAGUUUGAGUGCGGAAGAUAAACCUCCGGUAGCUGCGAAGCCAGCCGACCAGAGUGCUCGCAACCUGCCUCAAAACACCCGUACUUACGAUUGGGACGAAGAAGAGGAGGAGUUUUAUGAUGAGGAAGAGGAGCCAUUGGAUACUAAUGUGCUGGAAGGGAACGCCUCGUUCAAGUUCCUCCUCGCAGGUGGUGUUGCCGGAGCAGUGUCAAGAACGUGUACAGCGCCCUUUGAUCGUCUGAAGGUCUUCUUGAUUACCCGACCACCGGAACUGGGAGGCGCACCUGCAACAGGGAAAGUCAGCGGGUUCAGAAUCCUCGGCUCUGCCGUAACUCGUAUAUAUGCUGAAGGAGGUGUCCUCGCAUUCUGGACAGGCAACGGCCUCUCCGUGGCCAAGAUCUUCCCCGAAUCCGCCAUCAAGUUCUUUGCCUAUGAGUCUGCCAAACGCGCAUUUGCCAAGUACUGGGAUAAAGUAGAAGAUCCACGAGAAAUAAGCCAGCUUAGCCGGUUCUUGUCUGGUGGGAUUGGCGGCAUUAGUAGCCAAUUAAGCAUAUACCCUAUUGAAACGCUAAAGACACAAAUGAUGAGCAGCGAUAAGCGCCGCACCAUAACAGAGUCACUUCGCCAUAUCUACGCUAUGGGAGGUGUCCGUCGGUUUUACCGGGGUCUGACGGUUGGGUUGAUGGGUGUCUUUCCCUACUCGGCAAUCGACAUGAGUACCUUCGAGGCGCUCAAACUCGCGUAUCAACGCUCAAUCGGACAAGACGAACCUGGUGUGCUCGCGUUACUCGCGUUUGGAAGCAUAUCAGGGAGUGUAGGCGCCACGAGCGUUUAUCCACUCAAUCUUGUUAGAACGCGGUUGCAGGCGUCGGGGUCGCCUGGGCAUCCGCAGAGGUAUACGGGUGUGGUGGAUGUGGCCGUCAAGACAUGGGAGAGGGAUGGGUGGAGAGGGUUUUAUCGUGGAUUGUUCCCCACCUUGGCCAAGGUUGUCCCUGCCGUCUCGAUAUCCUACGUCGUUUAUGAGCAUACCAAACGAAGGUCGUGA